GUCCGGCAGGCAGUCCCAGAGCCAGGAGGCGGAGGGCACCCUGGGCCCAGCCCACACCCUCUCCAGGAGGCACCAUGUGGCGAUGUCCACUGGGGCUGCUGCUGUUGUCUCUGCUGGCUGGCCAGGUAGCCCUGGCUGCCCGGCGGAGUCGCUGGCGCCGGGAGCUGGCACCAGGGCUGCACCUGAGUGGCAUCCGGGAUGCAAGAGGCUCAUACUGCCAGAAGCAGGACAUGUGCUGCAAUGGCCGCGUUGAUGACUGCUCCCUGCCCUACCUGGGAGUUGCCUGUUACUGUGACCUCUUCUGCAACCGUACUGUCUCCGAUUGCUGCCCCGACUUCUGGGACUUCUGCCUUGGUGUGCCACCCCCUUUUCCCCCAGUCCAAGGGUGUAUGCACAGUGGUCGCAUCUACCCAGUCUUUGGGACGUACUGGGACAACUGUAACCGUUGCACCUGUCAGGAGAAAGGGCAGUGGGAGUGUGACCAGGAGCCAUGCCUAGUGGACCCAGCCAUGAUUGCCACCAUCAACCAGGGCAACUACGGGUGGCAGGCGGGGAACCACAGCGCCUUCUGGGGCAUGACACUGGACGAGGGAAUUCGCUACCGCCUGGGCACCAUGCGCCCAUCUUCCUCCGUCAUGAACAUGAAUGAGAUUUAUACAGUGCUGGCCCCAGGGGAGGUUCUGCCCACGACCUUUGAGGCUUCUAAGAAGUGGCCCAACAUGAUCCACGAGCCGCUUGACCAGGGCAACUGUGCAGGCUCCUGGGCCUUCUCCACAGCAGCGGUGGCAUCUGAUCGAGUCUCAAUCCACUCUAUGGGACACAUGACGCCCGUCCUGUCCCCCCAGAACCUGCUGUCUUGUAACACCCACCACCAGCGGGGCUGCCGUGGUGGGCACCUCGAUGGUGCCUGGUGGUUCCUGCGCCGUCGAGGGGUUGUAUCUGACCACUGCUAUCCAUUCUCGGGCCGUGAGCAGGCCGAGGCUGGCCCGGCACCCCCCUGCAUGAUGCACAGCCGGGCCAUGGGCCGGGGUAAGCGCCAGGCCACUCACCACUGCCCCAAUAGUCGCGAUGAUGCCAAUGACAUCUACCAGGUCACUCCUGCCUACCGCCUGGGUUCUGAUGAGAAGGAGAUUAUGAAGGAGCUGAUGGAGAAUGGUCCUGUCCAAGCACUCCUGGAGGUGUAUGAGGAUUUCUUCCUGUAUCAGAGCGGCAUCUACAGCCACACACCCGUGAGUGCGGGGAGGCCAGAGCAGUACCAGCGACACGGGACCCACUCGGUCAAGAUCACAGGGUGGGGGGAGGAGACACUGCCUGACGGAAGGACGCUCAAAUACUGGACGGCGGCCAACUCCUGGGGCCCAUCCUGGGGUGAGAGGGGCCACUUCCGCAUCCUGCGCGGCAGCAACGAGUGUGACAUCGAAAGUUUUGUGCUGGGCGUCUGGGGCCGUGUGGGCAUGGAGGACAUAGCUCAUCGCUGAUGUCUCGGGCAUCGAGGCCAAGCCAGGCCUGGCCCGGGGUCUCAGGGGAGAGCAGCGUGGAUGAGCCCCCAGGGGCGGUGCUCAGGGGCCAGACAGAGCCUGGGGCGCGGGCGGCGCCUCGGGCUCUAGUCCUACAGAUCAGCUGACACAGCGCCGGCCUGGGAGUUGGGCCUGGGAGCAGGGCAGGCAAGGCCCAGAUUUCCCGGGAGGAUGCAGCAGAGCCUGCCCAGGGAGGAGGGGCCUGCAGAUCCCAGCCCUCUGGCCCCGCAGCCAAAGACCACAGAAGCUAGGCACCCCCAAGCUCCAGGGCCACUUCCUCACCCCACUCCUGUAUUCUUAUUCUUCAGAGAUAUUUAUUUUUCUUUUCACUGUUUUAAAUAAAAUCAAAGUAUUG